CCAGGCUUGUUAUGAGGGCAGGUGUCAUUAGAAGGUGUUUCUGCCUCCUCCUUCUCCUCCUCAGAAGUCAUUUGGGUCACAGCAGCAGAGCCAUGGGACAAGCUUUGUCCAGGCUGGGGAGCAGAGUGCCCACCUCGAGUCUCUGCAGAACGGGCAGGUUGUUUGCAGACUUUAGAGCCCAAAAAGGUGCAGCUGCUCUAAAAAUAACACAGGAUCCAAGAACUGGUUUGGGAAGGUCUGAGUCCAGAGGCAUCUCCUGAAAUGCUGCCAUUAGAGGAGAAGUUUCCCUUGUAAACAGAGCUGGCCUAAUUUCUAGAGGUGCUGAACAUCGACCUGCAGUGCUUGCUGAGACACCAUGAUUCCUGGUAACCGAAUGCUGAUGGUCAUCCUACUAUGCCAAGUCCUUCUAGGAGGUACUAACCAUGCUAGCCUAAUCCCUGAGACCGGCAGGAAGAAAGUGGCAGAGCUUCAGGGACAAGCCGGAUCCGGACGCCGCUCUGCCCAAAGCCAUGAACUCUUGCGGGGUUUCGAAACAACUCUGCUGCAGAUGUUUGGGCUCCGAAGGCGGCCUCAGCCCAGCAAGUCAGCCGUCAUUCCUAGUUACAUGCUGGAUCUCUAUCGACUCCAGUCCGGAGAAGAGGAGGAAAGCCUCCAGGAAAUUAGCCUGCAGUACCCUGAGCGAUCGACCAGCCGGGCAAACACCGUGAGGAGCUUCCACCAUGAAGAGCACCUGGAGACCGUCCCGGGUCCCAGCGAGGCGCCCCGGAUCCGCUUCGUCUUCAACCUCAGCAGCGUGCCGGAAAACGAGGUGAUCUCCUCGGCGGAGCUGCGGCUGUACCGGGAGCAGGUGGAGGAGCCGAGCGCGGCGUGGGAGAGGGGCUUCCACCGGAUAAACAUUUACGAAGUGAUGAAGCCGCUGUCGGAGCGCGCCCAGGCCAUUACGCGCCUGCUGGACACGCGGCUGGUGCACCACAACGUGACGCGCUGGGAGACCUUUGAUGUGAGCCCGGCCGUGAUCCGGUGGACCAAGGACAAGCAGCCGAACCACGGGCUGGUGAUCGAGGUCACCCACCUCCACCACGCACAGACUCAUCAGGGCAAACACGUCAGGAUUAGCCGAUCUUUACCUCAAGGGCGUGGGGACUGGGCGCAGCUCAGGCCGCUCCUGGUCACUUUUGGGCACGACGGGCGAGGCCACGCGCUGACCCGCAGAGCCCGCCGGAGCCCCAAGCACCAGCGUUCCCGCAAGAACAAAAAAAACUGCCGCCGCCAUGCCCUCUAUGUGGAUUUCAGCGACGUGGGCUGGAACGACUGGAUCGUGGCGCCCCCGGGGUACCAGGCGUUUUACUGCCACGGGGACUGCCCCUUCCCUCUGGCCGACCACCUCAACUCCACGAACCACGCCAUCGUGCAGACGCUGGUGAACUCCGUGAACUCCAGCAUUCCCAAGGCCUGCUGCGUGCCCACGGAGCUCAGCGCCAUCUCCAUGCUCUACCUGGAUGAGUAUGACAAGGUGGUCCUGAAAAACUACCAGGAGAUGGUGGUGGAGGGGUGCGGGUGCCGCUGACCCCCUUCCCCGCCGCCCUCUCCUCCCCUUCUCUCUCCCUCCCGUCCCACCCCAGAACUGCUUGCUAUAGCUGGACUCUUCUCUAAACUAAACGUUCACCUUGACCUUAUUUAUGACUUUAUGUGCAAAUGUUUUUGACAAUAAUGAUCAUAUAUUUUGACAAAAUAUAUUUAUAACUACAUAUUAAAAGAAAAAAAUAAAAUGAGUCAUUAUUUUAAA